GGCGGCGGCGCCAAUCAAGGCGAGCAGCUGCAGCUUGGCUGAGCAGUUGGCUACAGUUGUUGCAACUUUUUUCGAAAGCUCGGUUUCCCGGGAGAUCGCAGGCGGUGACAGAGCCCAUGGCGAGAGGAGAAUGUGUUCGCCGGGCAGUCAAAGAUCUAUUCCUACAUGAGCCCAAACAAAUGUUCUGGAAUGCGUUCCCCCCUUCAGGAAGAGAACUCAGUUGCACAUCAUGAAGUCAAAUGCCAGGGGAAACCAUUAGCCGGGAUCUACAGGAAACGAGAAGAGAAAAGAAAUGCUGGGAAUUUGGUACGAAGCGCCGUAAAGUCUGAGGAACAGAAGCUCAAAGACGCCAGGAGAGGUUCCCUGGCACCUUUUCCAAACCAAAAAUCUGAAGCAGCAGAACCUCCAAAAACUCCAACCUCCUCUUGUGAUUCUACCAAUGCAGCCAUCGCCAAGCAAGCCCUGAAAAAGCCUCUCAAGGGCAAACAGCCUCCUCGGAAAAAAACUCAAGGGAAAACACAACAGAAUCGCAAACUCACGGACUUCUACCCGGUCCGGAGGAGCUCCAGGAAGAGCAAAGCAGAGUUGCAGUCCGAAGAAAGGAAAAGAAUCGAUGAGUUAAUCGAGAGUGGGAAGGAGGAAGGCAUGAAGAUCGACCUCAUCGACGGCAAAGGCAGAGGCGUGAUUGCCACGAAGCAGUUCUCCCGGGGCGACUUUGUGGUGGAGUACCACGGGGACCUCAUCGAGAUCACCGAUGCCAAGAAGCGAGAGGCGCUGUACGCACAAGAUCCCUCCACGGGCUGCUACAUGUACUACUUUCAAUAUCUCAGCAAAACCUACUGCGUGGACGCCACCAGGGAGACCAACCGCCUGGGCCGACUGAUCAACCACAGCAAGUGCGGAAACUGCCAGACCAAGCUGCACGACAUUGACGGGGUUCCGCACCUCAUCCUCAUCGCCUCCCGCGACAUCGCGGCCGGGGAGGAGCUGCUGUACGAUUACGGUGACCGCAGCAAGGCGUCCAUCGAGGCCUACCCCUGGCUGAAGCACUGACCCGCGCUGCCCGCCACCCUCUCCAGGACAAAGUGCCCUCAAAGGGAAACGGGGUGUCUUUGGUUUUUUUUUUUUUUU